AUGGCCACCGCUAAGCCCCCAUCGCGUCUUCAGAGUCCAGGCGACCGAAAUGUGAAGAAUGUUGUGCUGGGAGAUCUUCUUUUCACGCCGUGGUACCAGUCCAUAUACCCGGAAGACCUUGUUGCCAAGGACGCCGAUUGCCUAUACGUAUGCCGCUGGUGUUUUAGAUAUUCAUGCGAGACAGUCGCUUUUGCCGAACACACACGAGCGUGUGUACACCGCAUAACGCCACCAGGAAACAAAGUAUAUGAAUACGGCGGUUACGCCGUUUGGGAAGUUGAUGGAGAAGAACACAAACUAUUCGGACAAAACCUGUCGCUAUUUGCCAAAUUAUUUCUCGACCACAAGACCGUCUUUUUUGAUGUAGCGACUUUUCUUUACUAUAUCCUCACCUUCACCGACCCAACAAACUCGGAAAACUACCAUGUUCUCGGUUUCUACUCCCGAGAAAAGCUCUCGUGGGAUGCCAACAACCUCGCUUGUAUUUGUGUCUUUCCGCCAUAUCAACAUAAGCAGCUUGGGAAGUUGUUAAUGGGAGUGAGCUACAAGCUCAGUGGUUGGGAAUCUCCCGGUGGAUAUAUUGGUGGGCCAGAGAAGCCUCUCAGCGACCUAGGACAGAAGAGUUAUAAUCGUUUCUGGGCCGAGCGAAUUGCAAGGUACUUGCUUUGUGGGGAGCGUCCCGACAAUAAACUUGAAAACUCCCCUCGGAAACCCAGUACCUCGAAAUCCUCUCAAAAGAAUCCUCCACGGGAGAUGAUGACCAUCGAGGACAUCGGCCUCGCUACCGGAAUGUUGACCGAAGAUGUGGUCACGGCGGUCAAGUUCAUGGGUGUUCUUCAGCCCGACACAUCUCCUAAGAAACGAAAACUACCUCGACUGACCGGAGAUGAUGAACCUGAUAAAGGCCCCACAAUGGUCAUCCGCAAGUCAGACGUGAAGGAAUGGGCGAAUAUCAACCACCUUUCUUUGGAGGAUCCGGUGAAAGAGGAGGGCUUUCUGGGAGAAUGGCUGCCUAUGGCUAUCUCUGAUCAGAUUGAAAGCAGUUCAGAGGCAGACGGGUGA